AUGGCGACGACGACACCCGUUCCAAGGGACACGGCCUACAGCGUGGAGAUAGGGCCGAAACGUCCGUCACGGACGUUGGCUCGUACGCUGCAGGGCCUACUAGGGGCUAUCGUGUUCGACAUCGGAUGUUUGAUGAUCAAUGGCACGCAGUUCGCGUUCUUGCUUCCACUGAGACUGCUGCCGUUCGAGUGGGCGGACAAGAUUUACGAGGAUGGCAUACGGUAUACCAAAGGCGCUUUUGGCAAUCUGCUCAUCUUGAUGUGCCAGUGGUUCUCGCCGACGCGACUUGUCGUCUCGUUCGAGACCGAAGGAGAAGGCGCUUGGACCACUGAGGAGCUAGAACGGAUCGUCGUGCGGGACGGUACCGGGAAGGUUACAAGGCUCGACUUGCCUCGGAAGAGCGUGUUUAUCGCCAAUCACCAGGUGCUUCAUUUUAGGUGGUAUGCAUGGUGUUUCUUACAUUACUGCGGGAUGUCCAAGGACAUCUUCAUCGUACUCAAGAACAGCUUACGCUGGAUACCUGUCGUCGGCUGGGGCAUGAGGUUCUUCAACUUCAUUUUCCUCGCCCGUUCAUGGAACUCGGACAGACUGGCCCUCACCACCUCACUCGCGAAGAUCGGGCGCCGCGCAGAGACCGAGGACACACCCUUCGCAUUCCUUCUAUACCCAGAAGGCACCCUGGUCAGCCGUGACACUCGACCAAUCAGCAAGAAGUUCGCCGACAAGGAAGGCAUCCCUGAUAUGAUACAUACCUUAUUGCCGCGCUCGACCGGUCUGCAGUACAGCUUACGAUCUCUUGCACCCCGUAUACCCUCUCUUCAACUGAUCGACAUCACAAUGGCAUACCCAGGCGUCCCACCGAUGGGAUACGGACAGUCCUACUAUACCCUCCGCUCCAUCUUCCUCGAUGGCAUCCCCCCACCGUCCAUCCAUCUCCACCUCCGGCGUUUCGACGUCCGGCGCGACGUCCCCAUCGGCGACCUCUCCGCGACCGACCCGAGUUACCUGCCAGCACCCUCCAAGCACACCCAGACCGUCGAAAUCGACGUGCCGGAAGCGGAGAAGAUCGCGUUUGAGCGCUGGCUGCGCGACCUGUGGCGCACGAAGGACGCGCUGUUGGACCGGUGGCAUCGGCAAGGUUCGCUUGUUAGCGAUAGCAGCACCACGGUGAAGAUGUCGAACGAGGUGAUUGAGAUCCCGCUCAGGCUGCGAAACACGUGGGAGGUACUCGACGCGUUCUGCUUUUUCCUACCCGCGUUGGUAUGUUAUGUUUGGUCCAGGCUGAGGGGCCAGUGA